GAUGUAAUCGGAACUCGAUUUCCCUAGGCGGCGGCCGCGGCGGUGGAGGCUCAGCGGCGCGGCGGCAGCGGCGGCGGCGGCUGCUCGGCCAGUACUCCCGGUCCCCGCCAUUUCAGACCGGGAGCGAACGCGGUGCGGGCACUGAAGGCGGCGGCGGGGGCCAGAGGCUCUGCGGCUCCCAGGCCUGCUGAAAAUGACUGAAUAUAAACUUGUGGUAGUGGGAGCUGGUGGCGUAGGCAAGAGUGCCUUGACGAUACAGCUAAUUCAAAAUCACUUUGUGGAUGAAUAUGAUCCUACAAUAGAGGAUUCCUACAGGAAACAAGUAGUAAUUGAUGGAGAAACCUGUCUCUUGGAUAUUCUCGACACAGCAGGUCAAGAGGAGUACAGUGCAAUGAGGGACCAGUACAUGAGGACUGGGGAGGGCUUUCUUUGCGUAUUUGCCAUAAAUAAUACUAAAUCAUUUGAAGAUAUUCACCAUUAUAGGGAACAAAUAAAAAGAGUUAAAGACUCUGAAGAUGUACCUAUGGUCCUAGUAGGAAAUAAAUGUGACUUGCCUUCUAGAACAGUAGACACAAAACAGGCUCAGGAUUUAGCAAGAAGUUAUGGAAUUCCUUUUAUUGAAACAUCAGCAAAGACAAGACAGGGUGUUGACGAUGCCUUCUAUACAUUAGUUCGAGAAAUUCGAAAACAUAAAGAAAAGAUGAGCAAAGAUGGUAAAAAGAAGAAAAAGAAGUCAAAGACAAAGUGUAUAAUUAUGUAAAUACAAUUUGUACUUUUUUCUUAAGGCAUACUUAAGUGGUAAUUUUUGUACAUUACACUAAAUUAUUAGCAUUUGUUCUAGCAUUACCUAAUUUUCUUUCUGCUCCAUCCAAACUGUUAGCUUUUAUCCUGAAUGCUUAUUUUAAAAUGACAGUGGAAACUUCUUCCUCUAAGUGCCAGUAUUCCCUGAGUUUUGGUUUUUGAACUAGCAAUGCCUGUGAAAAAGAAGUUGAAUACCUGAGAUUUAUUUCUUGGGGUUUUUGGUGCAUGCAGUUGAUUACUUCCUAUUUUUCUUACCAAUUGUAAACUUUGGUGUGAAACAAAUUAAUGAAGCUUUUGAAUCCUCCCUAUUCUGUUUUAUCUAAUCACAUAUAUGCUAAUUAUAACUUCAGUUGAGAUUUCACUAUUGGUUUUACAGAAACAUUGAGGGAACAUGAAUUUCUGAGCUUCCUGUAGAUUCUUCUUGUAGGCUUUAUGUCCUCUAGUUUCAGCCACCCCUAAUGAAUGUAAAUUUACACUGUUCAUAAAGGUUUUCUUCCUCUUUCCACUGCUAUUUGUUAUAGUCAUGUUCCCCCAAAUAUUAUAUUUUUUCUAUAAAAGGAAAAAAAAUGGAAAAAAAGGGCAAUGGAAGAUUAUUAAAAGGCCAUUUACUUUCCAAGAGAGAUAAAUUCCUAUAAUACUCUGAAUAGCUUUUUCUGUUAAUGGAGGCCUGGUAUCUAAUGAGGAUUAUAGCAACCAUUUGUGGGCUAUAUUUACAUGCUACUAAAUUUUUGUAAUAAUUUAAAACAUUUUAACGUGUAAAAACUCUCAUAGGAAUUAAAUGUAGUCCUCAUGUGUCAGAUUGCUGUUUCCUAAAAUAACUUUAAACCUUUUCUUGAACUUCAGUCUUUAAAAAUAGUUUUAAUUCUGGCAUUAAAGAUUAUUUGAGCCAGUUAGCUUAGUAGGUGUUAAAAAAAAACCAAGUUGAAGUCCUGUGUGAACCUGUGAGCUUCACGGUGAGUUUCACAGUGUGGAGAGCAUCCCUACGGUCUUCCCGUGUUGUCAAGCAUUGGUUGGUCAAAAAUGGGAACUAGAGGUUUGGCUAGCUCAGCAAGAUACAUUUUCACUGUGCGGUGGUUCUGCUUACAGAUCAAGAACAUCACUUUAAAAAAAAGCAAACGUUUUAAAAUAAAUUAUUUUAAAUGAGAUUUUGGGGUGGGGAUGGGGAAGACUAAUUUUUUUUUAAAUAAGGAAAGGAAAAAGUUUCAGAGUCUCUAGUAGUUCUCUUAAUCUGGCUAAAGUAGCUAAAGUAAUAUUUCAUAAAAUGUUCCAAGUCUGGUCCAUAUUUUAAGAAUAUCUAAUGCUGAAAACUAGGUAAAUUAGCAAAAUGAUUAUUUCAGUACAAUUUUCCUUUUUUAAAAUUUUCCUUUUGUAAGACAUUUGAUGUGAGAAGGCAUGUUGACGUGAAAAUAAUCAGUGGACUAGGAGGAAAGUGACUUUAGAUUCUGGUGUCUUUACAACUCUAAUUUUGGGCAAAUCACUUAUCCAUUUCUUUAUGUUAAAAUAAGUCAUCUCAAGGCUAUAGCUAGCAUUACAAUUACGUGAUUCACAUUCAGUUUACAUAAAAAUAUACCUAUUUGUUAGUCUCAGCACAAUCUAUAACUUCUUACCUGUGUUGCCAUCUUCAGUGCCAGUCUUAGGCAAAAUUGUACAAGAGGUGAAGUUAAUUUUUUAAUAUCCUUUCUCAAUAUUUAACACCCUUCUCCCAUGUAAGUAUCAUCUUGCCAGCCUACCCUUCUGUGUGACCCACAACUUGAUGCUUUUCCUUUAAAUAUGUCUAAUUCCCCUACACUCAAGAUUUACGCUGCUUUAGAUAUCUCCUUGAAGAUUUCCCAUCAAGUCACAUCAAAAUGCCCUACAUCUUACUUCCUCAGGCUCAACAUGACCUGACAGAUACUACCAUGAGAUUGGACCUAAUGGUUAAUUUUGAGGUGGUGGCUGUAGCAAUUUAAGCUUGAUCCUUUGAAUGUUAUCUGUUUGCUGCCUGGUCCAUUAGUGACUAUUUAGGAAUUUUCAUAUCUUCUGUGAGUAGACAGAACCCUAUCCAGUGGAAAAAGAAUUUAAUAGGGUAAUGCUGAAAAAAUUCCUUAGAUAACUUAUAAUUAGGACUAGCCCUGGUAACAGUGACAUAUUGCAUUGUUUUAAUAAUUAAAAUCUUACAAUGAAAAAUACUUCAAAAUUUAAUUCAUAAAGCCUACCUUUUAACAUGGUUCAUUAAUUCCAUAUAGUUGAGUGCCCACUAAAUGCCAGGCAGUACACAAGGCACUGGAGAUAUUGUGGUAAAGGGGACUUAAUCCCUUUCCUAAAGAAGUAGUGCUUAUAUUCUCAAGUGGUCUGAUAUCUUCCUGAGGCGUUUGGCACAUGACCCAGAGACAACAUAAUGCAUAUUUUAGUUUUGUAAGGAAAGGAGUUGGUUUUUUAAGGUUUCUUCCAUUUCUGGAGUAAUUAUUUUGCUCUGAUUCCAUUGUAACUGGUUAAUCAAGCUACUUUAUAUAAAUUACUUUUAUGUCAUUGUUUUAAAGGAGGAAACUUGAUUAUAUAUUUUUUAUUUGGCAUAACUGUGAUUCUGUUGGGACAAUUAUAGUAUACAUAAAGUUGUAUGACAUAAUAUUAAAAUUCCCAAGUGUAUAAUAUUCUGGUUGGUCUCUUUGUAUAAGUAAUUAAAAUGGACUUUUAAAAUUAAAUACUGAAUUCUAAAAGUUAUGUUUAUCGAAGUAGGAAUAAACAAAUGCCUGAACUAAUUUACAGAAAAGGAAAUUUCUGUGUAGAAAUCAUUAUGAUUUCUGAAAUGCUUUGCUAGACUACAGGUUUACAGAAUAUCAUCUAGGUGGGAUGUUAAGACUUAUAUAGAACCUCUUCUUGUUUCUAUCCAAGAGAAAGAAAUGGCCAGACUUCAAGAACAGCAGUGCAUAAUUGAGUGAGGGAAUUUUAAGACUCUUGCAUUUUUGACAUAGCUAGACAAUUUUUUUUAAGCAAUGGUAAUUUUCCUUUAUUAUAUGAAUUGACAAAAGGUUUUCAUAGAGAUUUUAAAAAGGGAGAGAUGAUCCUAGAAGUAACAUAAAUAUUGUUUAAUUAUUACAGCCUUAAAGAUGAAAAUCCUUGUUGAAAUUGAAAAAGUGCUAAAUUACAUAGUCUUAGACAUUAACAUGUUUGUGGAACAAUGUAGCAGAAGUCUGUAGUAUAAUUUGAGUGGAUAUUCCCAAUUAGGAAUUCUAGGCUCUAUUUUAACUGAGUCACACUGCAUAGGAAUUUAGAACCUAACUUUCAUAGAUUAUCAAAACCUUUGCCACCUGCACAAUUUUGUUCUAGUAUAUAAUAUAAAGAAAUCUUGUGAGGCAUGUUAAGUUGCAGUUUGCACAAAUUCAUCUCAUUUGUAUUCCAGUGACGUUUUUUUCUCCUAGUCGUUUUUUUUUUCCCCUAAACAGUAUAUACACAGUUAUUUUGUAGGCAAUAAAAACUGUCAUUUACAUUUGUCAAAAAGUAAUAAUUUCUU